AAUAUAUCCGUCGAAAAUUAAAAUUUUCCUAAAAUAAAACCAUUCCAGCCAUAGUCAGUCCCUCAUUCCCGUUGCUUUCUCCUUGAGUAGACCCUUGCCGUCGUCGCCCUCUGUUGCCGUCGCGCUGUGUCCACCACCCUCGCCGUCGCGCUUUGUCCAUCGCCCUUUCCGUUGUGCUCUGUCCACCACCCUCAGUCAUUCACCUUCACUUUGUCUAAAAAAACACACAGAAUGGCGCGUCCCGGUCCCUGUCCCUGUCCGUUACAACCUGCGUUGCUUUUGGGCUCACCGUCUUUUCCCAACGCCAUUGCUUGGUCUGACGACAACCUCAUUGCCGUUGCUUCCGGUCACCUCGUUACCAUUCUGAGACCGGACUUGCCUAUUGGUGCGCCGCGAGGCGUGAUUAAAGUCUCCCCGAGUGAGCCUCUUCCCAUAGGGUUUGUAGAAAGAAAAGAUUUACUCUCUGGAUGCCUCCUGCCGACGGCUUUGUAUCGGGAUGAUAAGCCUGUUGCCCGAUCAAUAUCAUGGUCUCCGCUUGGCAUGGCUGCAAAUUCAGGGUGCUUGAUAGCUGUUUGCAACUCUGAAGGACAUGUGAAGAUUUAUCGUCCACCUUUUUGUGAUUACUGUGCUGAAUGGAUUGAGGUGGUGGACAUAACUAAAAGUUUGUAUGACUAUUUUCAAUGUACUGAGUUUCGAGGUACAAGGUUUGCUUCAUUGGAUGUAUCUGAUAAAAAUUCAUCAGAUCAAACAGAUUCUAUGUAUGAAGAAAAUGGGACAUUGUUAAGUGCUGAUCAAUAUGCUUCGCGUAGUGCAAUGCUAUGUUCACUUGUUGUUUCAUGGUCUCCCUUGCUGCGUUUAGCAUCUGAAUUGUAUCCAGUUUGUGAUUCUGUUAGUCUGCUUGCUGUUGGCGGGAAGUCUGGUAAAAUUUCUUUAUGGAGAUUUCACCCAACAGAUUGUUAUACCAUUGAGGACAGAGAAGUCCCAACUACUGUGAAGUUUGUUGGUCUUCUUCAGGCACACAAUUCAUGGGUUACAACUAUAAGUUGGCUGUUGUUUGCUUUUGAUUCUUCGAAUCCUCAAAUUUUAUUAGCUUCCGGAAGCUCUGAUGGGAGUGUGAAGAUUUGGUUGGCUGACAAUGACAAAUUGCUGAAAUCAUCAAAAGUGGAUCAAACUUCCUUCUCAUUAUUGAAGGAGGUUAUAACUGUCAAUGCUGUCCCAGUUUCUGUACUUUCAGUAACCACACAUGUUCAAUACCCUUCCAAGAUGCUUUUAGCCACGGGCAAAGUUUCUGGUUCAUUUGAAAUAUGGCUAUGUGACAUAUCUUCUGGGGAAUUUGAUAAGCUUGGCUCAUAUAAUGCACAUGAUUUGGUUGUUACAGGUUUGACCUGGGCAUUCGGUGGAAGAUUUUUGUACAGCUGUAGCCAGGAUAAUUUAGUGAGGAGCUGGAUUUUGCAUGAGAAUCGUCUUGAUGAAGUAACUCUCGUUUCUGAUAUGCCUCAUGACAGUUCAAUCUGCAUUUCAAGAGAGGCAUUUGAUUCAUGUUUUGGUGUCGCAGUGUCCCCUGGAAAUCUUGUCAUUGCUACUGUUCAUUGUCUUGAUGUUGAGAAACUGAAUCGAAUGUAUGAAGGAAGGAUUCUGAGGGCAGCUAUUGAAUACUUUUGGAUUGGUGGGCUACAAGUGGAUGUUCAGCUGAAAUCUCCCUUUUCAUGUUACAUUGAAGGAAAUUCCAGUUAUGUGGAGAAAGAAUUAACUUAUUGGGGAACCAAUAUCAUAUGGUCUUUAAACCAAUAUCAAUGUCAUGAUAAGCCUCUGGUUCUUUGGGAUAUAAUUGCAGCAUUAUCAACAUUCAAGGAUAACAAUUUAAAAUAUGCAGAACAUUUACUUAUUAAGUGGAUCUCAUCAUCUUUUCUACAAUUAGAUAUGGACCUUUAUCCUGAAAAAGUUUUAUCAUUCUUCUCUUCAAGCUUGUCUGACAUUCCUUCUCGACUACUACACUUGCUCAAUAUAAUCUGUAGACGAGUAAUGUUAGCAGAGCUGGAUGCUGAUCAAAUAACUGGAAUACACAAAAACUUUCAAAAGCUGGAAGAGGUAUGUCCUGCCAUGGAAAAACAAAUUACUAAGUGGACAAAAGUUCUUCUAAGCAGUGAAAGAGAGCUCCGUGAAAGGCUUGUGGGUUUUAGUUUUUCUGCUUUCCGAACUAGCAUGUCCAAUCCAGAAACAAAUUCCAAAUCUGGUUGUUGGUAUCCUGUUGGACUAGCACAGAUGGAACAAUGGAUUGCUUUAGAUCAGGAACAUAUACAUGACCAGUUAAAAGCCAUUGCAUCAGAAGUUAAGCAUGAGAAAAGGUUUCUGAGCAGUAGAUGUUCAGCAGUGGAGACAUGUAGUUUUUGUUCAGCAUCUGUUCCAUUUGAAUCCCCUGAAUUUGGUUUUUGCCAAGGUGAAAAUUCUACUAGUGGUGAUGUUAAGAAUCACAGGUUAUUGAGAUGUGUUGUUAGUAUGCAGGUUUGCCCCACUACUCCCCUAUGGUAUUGUGUUUGUUGCCAUAGGUCAGGGUUUAGAUUGGCACCAGAACCACUUUUUAGAAUGUCUUCAUUUCAUCUAGAUUCAGACUCUUCCUCUAAAUCUUUCACUCAAGCUGUAUCCUCAAAACCAUUCUGUCCUUUUUGUGGGAUACUGCUACGGAGAAAACAACCAGACUUUCUACUUUCUCCUACUCCUGUAUAAGAAUAUUUAAUAAUUAUUUUUAUAUAAGUAGUUUAUUUUGGUUGAGA